AGCCCCCAGCAAUUGAAACUUGCGUCUAUAACCAAUUCCAGUGGGCACUCUUAGGCCCCUCACCGACUUUUCUUCUUACAGAUAGUCAACCCAUAGGCUUAUCUUCCGCUGCUCAAUCUUUCCUAGAUAAGUUUCGUGACAAAAUAGGGGUGGCAAAGGUGUUGGUUCCAUGGGAACCUCGUGAACAGACACAGUAUCAGGACGAAGCGACAUUAGCAUUCCUAGAAUCUCUCCAACUACGUCAGUGCGACCGAGGAGGAAGCAAUCGUGUCAUCCUCCACGACUUGGGGGGAUUCCAGAACGACGCACUUCUACGAGAACGUGUUUCAAGCAUUUUCAAUGCGACAAACAAGUCAGUCCUGAACGCCAUCCGAGUUUGGAAAUAUCAUUAUUAUUAAUCAGGUUUCUGGUCAAUGCCUCUGCAACUGGCAAAACACGUCUAUGCUACGAAGGACUCUGCAGCAAUUGGGGGUUUUAUUUCACGUUCUCUCUCUUCGCUAAACAGCUCGGAUCCACGGAGUUGUUUUUUCUGCUGAUGGCGUGCAGUAGCGAAUUCAUCUCCGGCGCCUUCGAGUCUAAAGAGCCGCGUAAAAGAGUUGAACGGGCCUCGACUUACUUCAAUGCAAUUUUCUUAGCUCGCCUUCUUUUAUUCUUGCUAUUCCUUGAAGCUCAGGGUGGCGCAUUGUCUGAACAAGCCAAAAAGCACUGGUUAACAUUGCAACUUGAACCGCAACGAAUUGAAGGCGACCCCUUUGGUGACGCCGAUCCGUUUGAAGAUCUCUCAAGAAUACUGCUGAAGCAUGAUUCGGGUAGUCUUCCGCGCGAAAUAGAAAACACUCUCGCCAAAAUCCAAGUCAUCAUUGGCCACGAACCUCUCUUCCUUGUCCUUGACGAAGCAAGCGAUGCAAUCGAUCUGUUCUCAGGCUGUAAUCUGGGUGAUACUUCAGCGCUGCAGAUAGCGCUCCAAACUUGGAUGGCCGUGACAAACAAUACCUGUCCGAUAAUUUGCGCUGGAAUCGCUAUCCCACCCGAAAAAUUCGUUCAUGGCGCAGGCAGUGAUUUCCAAUGGACUUCCGACACCGGCGCCUUUGAUGAUCCUAUUCGUCAAGGGGAAUAUGUGGCCCGGUUUUUGCCCCCGACUUUGCGUAACUCGCCGGAAGGCCGCUUUCUGAUAGCUAGAGCAUGGCGGUGGUUACGCGGACGACACCGAGUAACCGCCACCUUCGUCGAGACUCUGAUUGAGCACUUUCUUGAUGAACCUCACCGCCACCUCGACCGCUUCAUUCAUCGAUUACUUGGUUUCCAACCGGUGGAUGCUCUCACAUAUACGCGGGCCGAGCCUAUCAAAGAGAAAGUCCAGUUGAACUUCGAUCCACUACCAUUCACACUGCUCCCCGCAGAAUACCACCAGCAUUUCCUCCAAGUCCUGUACCGUUACAUGGCGACACAUGCUGCAUCGCCACCCUUGGGAUCGGAGCACGUGUCUCUGAUAUACCGUGGUUUUGCUCGUUUCUCAGACAAACACCUGUCAAGAAUAGCUCUGGAUGAGCCCCACAUUCUCCUCAUGGUCGCAAGAAAUCUGUUUCCUUACCCUACAGUCCCCAUUUAUGGAGUACCCCAUCGCAAUCCCGCAACGUUUAUUAAGUGUCUCCACAUGAAUACGCCCCAAACAUCAGAGGCACUCUCUCAGUGUCUUGUCUUCUAUAUUACCCAAGGUCUUGCACAGGGCCGGCCGUUGAGGCACAUCUUCACCUUUCCUCGCCAUGUUCUUCAAUGGGCUCGGCAAACCGCUGAGCUGGUUCGCUUUCAUCGUCUUGAAUCGGGGGAAGUCUCGUGGUCACCAGUGACCGCCAAUGAGUUUGAGCAGUUCAGACCUCUUGCAUAUCGAGCCACGUCGACGGAAGAAACUCUUUCGUGGAUGGAGCAUAGGGUAGGAACCGCGUUUUGUUUGACAUGUUUGCCCAAUGUGGACCUUAUGUUUGUUGUACGACUGGUGGACGGCACGUUCAUCUUAGUCGCACUCAAGGCAAUAGUGACAGAAGAACCUUUCGACUUUUCUCGACUACAAGCAAUCUUUUCUGCGAUGCAGGUCGAUAAUUUAUCGAUGAACUUGAACGAUGCCAUGCAAUUACGACUGAAAUUUGCCCUUGACUCGCUGCCGAAUCCUACCGGCUUCCAAUGCAAUUUCCUGCCGGCAGUUUCUUCAUUUCCUGAUGGUGCUCACUUUCGAGUUGAUGACGAUAUGGCACAAAAUAUCAAUGGCACGGUACUUGAUAUUGCGGCUCUGCGGCUCAGAUCCGGUCAAAUUAUGCAGAUGGAUUUCUUCGACGCGAUAGUUUCGGGUGUUCUCGCUGGUCAUCCUCGCAAGUCUGAUAGGGAGUUGGAUGAUUCAACCCUGCAUACAAGUCACAUGCGCCAACCUCACCCUCAGACGUGGCCAGAAGCUUGUUGGGACGGGCCUAUUGAAAUUGAAGAACAAUUCGAGAGAAACGAUUCAAACAUCAAUUUGGAACGACGUUUGGUGAACAAAGGUGUAAACCGCAGCCAGGGCACACGGGACUCCAGCCUCUGGACAGGACGCAAAGUUAGCAGGCAAAGAAAUAAGCCUGUUUCUCGUGCGACAAAGGGGGACGACGAACCGUCCAGGAGGUAG